CUCAGCUUACUCCCCAAAAACAGCGUCCUACAUCUUUCUGUCGCUCUAUUUUUUUUUUUUGCCCUUGGCCACGCUGGUCGUCGUAGUUAUCCACGGGACACGCAGCGCGACUCGUGGCUUCAAAGUAAAAGCCAGCGUACAGUAGAGAGGCGGCGGUGCCAGAACAAAAGGUUGAUUGUUAGCAAGAAAGCGCCCGCCAAGCGGACACUUUCCUGGAGGAUCGAGUCGCUCCUUGGCCCCGAUUAGGCGGACGGGGUCCGUGUGGGAGCCCCGUCCGUGAAAUCACUGGAGACAGACCCGAAAGCGACGGAGUUGGACACAGACACGGGCUUCACGGCGAGCCCAGCUCAUUUCUAAUUGCCCAGAGCUAGAAAAGCUAACCCUAGCACAAAAGAUAACGUAAUUCUCUUGGGACAGUUUUUGUAUUGAGCGACGCGGAGGAUCGUGGGAAAAUACGGCGACGUGAGCAGAAAAACGACAACUAAACACACGAAGACGGCUCCCUGCGCCCGUGGUCUCCUCACUCUGCCAACAAAUAAAGCUGACCAGCAGCACUGCAGAGAUGGAGGCUGUUGGAGCAGAUGAUAAUCCGGAUGAGCUGGGGGCUGUGGCAGCAGAACCGGGUCCAGCCGGACACGGCGGGACUUCGGCCAAGCCCGUUUGGGCUUUGCUGGAAGAGGCGGUUCAGCUGAAGGUGAAAGGAAAUGCCUUCUACAGGGAGAAAAAUAUCCGCUCAGCCAUCGGUCAUUACCACCGGGCCCUGCUGGUACUCCGGGGCCUCGACUCUAGCGUGAUGGCCCCCGUGAAAGGGUUUGGACCCGAGAAACCGCCCCUUACACAGGACCAGGAGCUUAUGCUGAGAAACACGCAAGUGGACUGCUACAACAAUCUAUCUGCCUGUUUGCUGCAGAAACAGACGGUCGAUUACAGUCGCGUGUUGGAGUACAGCCUGCGGGUGCUGCAGUGGCAACCGGGCAACGUCAAAGCGCUGUACCGGGCAGGCGUGGCCACUCUGGAGAUGGGAGAUGCACAGGAAGCCAAACAGUACCUCACCCAGGUCUACAGAGAGCAGCCCAACGAUGCUAAUGUGAGGGAGCGCCUGCAGAGGGCAGAGGAGAAGCUAAACCGGGAGCUGCAGAGGGAGAAAGCCAUGUAUCGGGGGAUGUUUUCCUCCAGCUCAAAGGGCGCCACCGCAGAAAGGGUUAACCCACCAAACACAGCGGGCGAUGGAGUUUAGACAGACGGCUCGACGUGCCUAAUUAAACCUCAACCCCAGACAGGCCGGGGCGCCUGAUAGGAGAAUCCACACAUGUUGAAUCAGUAAUGCUGUCAGAUUUCUGAGUUUGAAGAAGCCAGAGGAAUGUAAAGGGUUGCUAUAGAUUGCAGACCGCUGGGAGGCAGCGAGCAGGACAGUAAACAUGUCACGGCUGAAAAUAGGAAAGGACAGAGGAGUUAGUUUCCUAGCAACAUGGAAAUGAACUAAGUCUAGUAAUCUGUUCUCAUGAACUCUUGGUGCACUACCAAAAUGCCUCUAUUGAUUGUCUCUUCAGUGAUAUGAAUGUCGGUUUUUGAGUUUUUCCAGUAAAAUUGUUUUUUUUUAAACCCUG